AUGAACAUUGUAGUAAUCUACGUCAAGUUGUUUAAACGCAAACCCGAAAAGAUCUACAAAUGGGAGCCAAUGCAAGAGGACAUGGAGCUCGGAGAUCAAAACUUUCCACUGGUUCUUGUCCAAAUCCCAAUGUACAACGAACGAGAGGUUUUUCAAUUAUCGAUAGGUGCUGCUUGCAGACUCAUAUGGCCAUUGGAUCGACUAAUCGUUCAAGUUUUAGAUGAUUCCACUGAUCCAUCCAUUAUGGAAAUGGUGAGCAUGGAGUGUAAACAGUGGGCAAGCAAAGGCAUAAACAUAAAAUGUGAGAGGAGAGACAACAGAAAUGGCUACAAAGCUGGUGCUCUUAAACAAGGCAUGAGGCAUAGCUACGUCAAACAAUGCAACUACAUUGCCAUAUUCGAUGCUGAUUUCCAACCAGAGCCCGAUUAUCUCCAACGUGCUGUUCCUUUCCUCAUCCACAAUCCCGAGCUCGCUCUUGUUCAAGCGCGAUGGAAAUUUGUGAACGCAAACAAAUGCUUGAUGACUAGGAUGCAGGAGAUGUCACUCAAUUACCAUUUCUUGGCAGAGCAAGAAUCCGGAUCCACUAGACAUGCUUUCUUUGGUUUCAAUGGAACUGCGGGUGUAUGGAGAAUGGCGGCGAUGGAAGAAGCGGGCGGAUGGAAAGACCGAACCACCGUAGAGGAUAUGGACUUGGCCGUUCGUGUUGGUUUACACGGCUGGAAAUUUGUCUUCGUCAACGACCUUGAGGUGAAAAGUGAGCUUCCAAGCCAAUUUAAAGCUUUUAGAUUCCAACAACAUCGAUGGUCUUGCGGUCCAGCUAAUCUCUUCAGGAAAAUGACAAUGGAGAUUAUUCGCAAUAAGAGAGUGACGAUUUGGAAGAAAUUGUACGUGAUUUACAGCUUCUUCUUUGUACGGAAGAUCGUAGUCCAUUUCUUUACUUUCUUCUUCUACUGUUUCAUUCUUCCCACGAGUGUAUUCUUCUCCGAAGUCAACAUUCCCACUUGGUCAACUAUUUACGUUCCGCUUGUGAUCACUCUAUUCAACGCCAUUGCCACGCCAAGAUCGUUCUACCUCGUGAUUUUUUGGGUAUUGUUCGAGAAUGUAAUGGCUAUGCAUCGGACCAAAGGAACUUUCAUCGGUUUACUAGAAGGAGGAAGAGUGAACGAAUGGGUCGUCACCGAGAAAUUAGGAGAUGCUCUUGAGACUAAGUUACUUCAAGUGAAAAAGCCUCGCAAUGGGGUUCUCGAAAGAAUAAAUUCAAAGGAGAUGAUGGCUGUUGCAUUUAUUAUUUCCGGAGUUGGUUUUGUCGGAACUUAA